AUGUACAAACUUUAAACCAAAAGGGUAAAAGCUGCUGCUGGGCAGAUGUGGACUUCAAAUCUCUCCAAGAUCCGACAAGCUCUUAAAAAUUUUUACCAUAAAUGUAAGAACCACCCAGAUUCAACUAGACAUCCAACUAUGACUUCCUAUGAUUGUGAUCAAGAUGACAUGAGUACUGAUGAAGAAAUGAAUCUUAUAGUAAUGCUCCAAGAAAUUAAAACUGCCCAAAUUGAACUCCUCAGUCAAAUGACUGACAUUCUCAGUGUGAUAUCCAAAAUGCAGGAAAAUACUGACUUUUAUCAGAAGCAGAUGGAGAUACUGGAAACCAGAAUGAAUGUUAAUGAAGACAAACAAUGUACAGUAACUAAAGAUAUCUUCUCUACGAAGAAACACAUUGAUGCUUUAAAGAAGAAGGUAACAGAACUGGAAAGCCAGAAUUGUUGCUCCAGCAUACAUUGUUUAGAAGUUCUGGAAGGAGAACUUCUGGGUAAAGAGAUCAUAGAACAACUUCACAAACUCAUACAACCAGAAACUUUGAAGAACACAUUGGCUUCUACACACGACAGAAUCUCUUCAGCAGAACCAGAAAAAGUGCCCAGUUGUCCUGAGCCCACUGAUCAUCUUGAGAAGAAAACAAUUUCCUCCAAAAUUAAAACUCCGAAAAAAAGUAACGGCCAAAAUGCAUUAAGAAGCCUUAGAAAACCAAAGUCAAAUAUUUAUAUUUAUCCAGACUUUAGUACAUGGAUCAAGCUAACUUUUGUCCAUGAAGGAAAGUGGAGAUUUUUCCUCAAAGCUACCAAGUUACAGGAAUUCAUCCAGGGGCUUCUUUCUAAGCCAACCAUCCCUCCUGAGGAACCACAACUCAUAACCCAGAGAUAUUGUCCCUUCACUGGGCCUAUUGCGAGUUUGACGGCAUUCUGUCUCUCUGUUUUCAACUACGUUCAUUGUCUUUUUGGUUUCUCAAAAGAGGAAGUAACUCGACUAUAGAGUCCUUUUCUGCUUUGUUUGGCACAAAAUAAAUGUAACUUGGUUGUUCCAAGCAUUGACACAUCUUUGCAGUGGUUGUGAACUCCUUGGCAGUUUGUUCACUGUAGGCUUACGGCCUAUGAAGUUUUUACGUGUCUCAGGCAAGAUAUAUCAUCCCACUGGACAAUUGUGAUGCAUUUUCUGUCAGUGUUCUUGUUUUCUCACAGGCAAGUCAUGAGGACUCACCCAGUGCCUGUGUUAUAGAUCACUGGAAGGAAAGAAUAAAGAAGUCAAGGGAAUAAAGAGCACAUUUGGUAGUCCCCACA